AUGACGAGCGACACCACGCCCUCUAUUGUCCGCUUCUACGGUCCAGAGAAGGCAAAAGACUCAGAAGGCCGCACACUUGAUAACAUCCUCCAAUUCAACGAUCGCGCCCUGGAAUACCACCACGAUUACAUCCAAGUCCUGUUUCCCCUACCCGAACGCUCUCCGAUCAACCCACAUGCUCCAAUCAUCACCAAAGCUGUCCGGGAUGCCUUCGCCCAAGAUGAAGAUCUGAGAGAACAGCUCUUUACUGCCUUCAAGCGGAUGGCCGAUUUCUACGCCUUCGACCUGACCGGCACGAAAGAUGUCCCCAAAAUCUCUCCAAAGGCAGAUAACUUCAAGAAGUUGGCGAGCAAUAGCUGGUUGACUAGUAUGGAUCACAACCACCUACGCAUCACACGUAUCAUCAGGUGUCUGCGCGUCCUGGGUCUUGAACCCGUCGCUAGAGGCUUCUACGAGGCACUGAAGAAAUACGAGGAGGGUCGGGUCAGUCGCAGAAGUCUGAUGUACUGGCAACGUGCUGCUGAGAGACCACUCCAUCUGCCGCCUGAUGAGUCGAAUGAUGACGCGGCUGGUGUUGCGUGGCUUAGGGAUUAG